CAAAAGCUUACAACUGGUGCGAAGUUUAAUUUCAAGAAAUAUUCUGCGGAUGCUCAGAAGCUUCAGGUUUUGAAAUCAAAGUGUGCACCUGUCUCUCCUGCCACAAGCAUAAAAAAGGAAUCAAAAGAAGAGACCUGUAAAUUAGAAAACACUGUCAACUGUGAAGCUUAUGAAUGGAGUGAUACAAAUAAUGAACUAACAUUACUUGGGUCAAUAAAGGCAGUUAAUGUUGGAAGUAAGGUCAAGAAAAAGAAGCAAUUACAUACGGAGGAAUUACUUGAGAAAAAACUUGCUGCUCAACAGGAAGAACAGAUUUCCCAGUUAAGGAACAGAUAUCAUAUCUCUGUGAUUGGGCGAAGUGUUCCACCUCUGAUAGAAGAUUUUAAUAAGUUACAAGAGGUGUUCAAACUUUCAUCAUCAUUGAUACAGAACCUGCAAACUGCUGGCUACACAGUUCCAACUCCAAUUCAGAUGCAGGCUGUUCCGAUAAUGCUUCAGAGUCGUCAAGUGUUGGCAUGUGCACCUACAGGUUCAGGCAAGACUGCAGCCUUUCUUAUACCAAUCAUCCACCACCUAGUAGGGCCCAGGAAGCUUGGUUUCCGUGCGGUUAUUGUUAGUCCUACAAGAGAAUUGGCCAGUCAGACAUACAGGGAAUGUGUGCGUCUUUCUGAGGGAACUGGCCUGAGAAGUCAUAUUAUUAGCAAGGCAAGCCAAGCUGUGAACAAGUUUGGCCCUCAGUCUUCAAAAAAAUUUGACAUCCUUGUGACCACUCCCAACCGAAUGGUUUAUUUGCUGCAGCAGGAACCACCUGCUCUGUCAUUAAACAAUGUUGAAUGGCUGAUAGUGGAUGAAUCAGACAAGCUGUUUGAGGCAGGUCCUAAAGGUUUCCGUGACCAAUUAGCAGUAAUCUACAAAGCAUGCGACUCAAGUAAUGUGAAAAGAGCCAUGUUCUCUGCAACUUAUACUGUAGAUGUUGCCCGUUGGGCUAGGAAAAAUCUCAGAGGUUUAAUUUCUGUUACAGUUGGCCACAGGAAUGCUGCUUCUGAUAAUGUAGAUCAAAAAUUGUUGUUUGUGGGCAGUGAAGCUGGCAAGAUGGUGGCAUUACGAGAACUAGUGCAGAAGGGGCUUACACCACCAGUAUUGAUUUUUGUGCAAACCAAAGAGCGUGCUAAAGAAUUAUUUUCAGAGUUGAUCUAUGAUGGAAUCAAUGUUGACGUCAUCCAUGCAGAUCGAACUCAGCUCCAGCGUGACAAUGUAGUGCGUAGUUUCCGUGGUGGCCAGGUCUGGGUUCUCAUAUGUACAGAACUAAUGGGAAGAGGAAUAGAUUUCAAGGGUGUAAGCCUAGUAAUCAACUAUGACUUCCCACCUAGUGCUAUAUCAUAUAUUCAUCGCAUUGGCAGGACUGGGCGUGCGGGUAGGCCAGGCAAAGCUGUCACAUUCUUCACAGAAGAUGAUACUGUAAACUUACGCAGUAUAGCUCAUAUGUUGCGUGAGUCUGGAUGUGAGGUGCCUGAGUACAUGCUAACAAUGAAGAAGGCGAGCAAACGUGCUCGUCGCAAACUGGAGAGUCAUGCACCCUACAGGGAAAGCAUUUCAAGUGUUCCUGCAUAUGAGAUAGAACGUGUUAAGAAUCUCAAGAGAAAAAUACGGGAAUCAAAACUGAAGAGAGAGAGAUCACAGAACACAGAAUUGCUGCCAGUGAAGCGGGAAAGAUAGCUAGUCACUACA